AUAGGGUGCUGUAUGGCCUUCCAUUGCUGCUGCCUCCACCGCCACCCUGCGCCAUGUGCCUCUGUCAGUGUGUCAUGACACUGCUGGUGGGUUCCAUUUUGUCAUAGGGUGCUGUAUGGCCUCCCAUUGCUGCUGCCUCCACCGCCACACUGUGGCUCCACACUCUGGUUUUGGCCCCGUGACUGCCCAAAUGAGUGAAGUGUGCAGUGAUUCUAAGAUCGACGGCACUCAUCUGCAUGUCAUACUGACUGACAGUAUUAUUUCUCUUCCCCAGCAGACUCCAAGGGCAUUUAAAUUAAAGGUACAGUGUUCUGCACUAAUAUAA